UUACAAGCUCGCGGCAUGAAUAAAGACCGUGGAGGAAGCUGGUGUAGAGUAAUUCUAUUUAAAAUUUUGUAGGUGAGGCAAUUGCAAAGCUGAGAAAUUAAAAUGUCUGGACGCGGCAAGCAAGGAGGCAAGGCGAGGGCAAAGGCCAAGACUCGCUCUUCUCGUGCUGGGCUGCAGUUCCCUGUGGGUCGUGUGCAUCGUCUGCUGCGCAAAGGGAACUACGCCGAGCGUGUUGGGGCUGGCGCGCCGGUCUACUUGGCGGCCGUGCUGGAGUACCUGACUGCCGAAAUCCUGGAGCUGGCUGGCAACGCCGCCCGAGACAACAAGAAGACCAGGAUCAUCCCUCGUCACUUGCAGCUCGCCAUCCGCAACGACGAGGAGCUGAACAAGCUCUUGGGUAAAGUGACUAUUGCCCAAGGAGGCGUCCUUCCCAACAUCCAGGCUGUCCUGUUGCCCAAGAAGACCGAGACUCACAAGGCUAAGAGCAAAUGAAGCUCUCAACGAGGGAAUCCUAAAUCCAAAAAGGCUCUUUUAAGAGCCAC